AUGACGUCUUCUCACAUCAUCAAGCUGAUGAAAGCCGCUAUAGUCUCGUUUCUGAUCGGGACUUCUGACUGGACUGAACGAACCAACCCCGACCAAUGGAACAGAAUUGAGUUCAUGGACCUCGUCUCUAAAGAGGUUCGGGCCCCUCUUGAGGAAAUUACCGUGCCCCCCGAACAGUGCCCUCGCGAUACAUUCACCGUGCCCAUCCAUGUCGAGCGACUUCCCGAGGAUCGCGCCAAACUGGGCCACCUUGCCAUGCUGCCCAAUGAUAUCUUGGCUGGAAUCAUCCUGCCAACGAUGGACUACGUUUCCGUUUCUCGAUUCUGCCAGACUUGCUCGUUUGCUUACCGUCUUGUGGCUCGGAACAACGAGUAUCGUGUCCUGUUGGCUCAAGUCCCGAAGAUUUUUCCCGUGCUGCGUGCCCUGCGUCUUCAUUUACGGGUUUCACUCAAGGAUAUUUUACUCGAACUUCAUCAAAGCAAGUGCCGGGGAUGUGGCGAAAAUGGAACUAAUAUAUUUUUGCCCACCGUUGAGCGUGUCUGCUCGAACUGCCUCCGUUACAACCAGGGGUUCUGGACAAUUUAUCUGCAGGAAGCUCAGCGAUGUUUCAAUCUCGAGAAUCGUGAUCUUGCUCGGAUUCCUCGGUUCCGGGAUCUCUUCAAUCUGUUCGAUCUGUAUGCUGUGCCAUAUUUUCCACUUGAACCCGCCCGGCACCGAGCUUUCGUGGCAGUGAGAUCCGCCCUGCAGCAGGCACUCAAGGUUCACGGCUCAGCCGAGGCGAUCGAUGUCAUGGCUGAAGCGCAAUUGUUGGACCCCACGAACCCGUCAUCGACUUCGCAGCAGGUUGAAACCCACUUGUACGCUCACCUGCGCCAGGCCACGCUUGGUACGCUCCCGCGUGAUCCAACUCAACCCCCCCCAACUGAGCCGCCCAAGGAUGUGAGAUACAACACCAUAGUUGCUGAGAUCACCGACAGGGCCUACCACAACACGGCUAAUGUCAGCUUUCCCUACGUUCUUCGCGGCCAUUCAGAGGCCGUUCAGCUGUACACCUGCAAAGGAUGUGCUGGGAUUGUGGAUCGCUUCAAGGUGAUGCCGAAUCACCGGGAGUAUAUGCGGAUUCCCAACUGGUGCGGCGAGGCGGAUAUUCGGCGAAAAAUGGUGGGCGCGACCUUCAUCACGUACACCGAAGCGGAGCUGGUCGAGCAUGCACGCUCCUGUCUGGGUGCGGGUCUGCGGAUGUACCGCUACCAGUUGCUGGAGAAUCACCCGGGUGGCCUGGGCUCCGAAUUCUGA